AUGGCUGGGAGGAACGAUGCUGCAAUUGUUGCUGCAUUGGAGGCUAUGGCUCAUGCUUUGGAGCAUCAGCCGAACAGGGAGAAUCCACCUAUCUUUAAGGGUACUCAUGGUCCUGAUGGCACAUUAACAUGGCUGAAGGAGAUUGAGAGAAUCUUCCGCGUGAUGGAUUGUACUCCGGAUCAAAAGGGAGUUCUUGAGUACUUUCCUGAGGAUGUUCGUGGCAAGAAGGAAAUCAAGUUCCUUGAGUUGAGACAAGGGAAUAAGUCGGUUGUUGAGUAUGCUGCUAAGUUUGGUGAGUUGGCUAAAUUUUAUCAGCAUUAUGAUGGACCAACUGGUGAAUUUUCGAAGUGCAUCAAGUUAGAGAACGGAUUGCACACAGAAAUCAAGAAGGCGAUUAGUUAUCAGAAGAUUGGUGUCUUCGGAGAUUUGGUUGAUAGUUGUCGAAUCUACGAGGAGAACAAUAACGCUCAUUAUCGGGUUAUUAGUGAGAAGCGAGGCAAGAGUCAACAAGGCCGUGGCAAUCCUUAUGAUGCUCCAGUUGGAAAGGGUAAGGAGAAAGCUACUGAGGGCAAGAGAACUAGUGGGAGAGAUGCUCUCGCUUGUUUUGUGUCCUUCAAGUGUGGAAGAGCUGGUCAUAAGAGUAAUGUGCGUACUGCUGAGGCCAAGAGGUGUUUCCGUUGUGGUAAGAUUGGGCAUGAGAUAACUGAGUGCAAGCAUAAGGAGAUGGUUUUCUUCAACUGUGGUGAAGAGGGGCACAUUGGUAGUCAGUGUCAGAAACCAAAGAAGGAGCAAGCUAGUGGAAAGAUGGUCGUCGAUACUCCAGCUAAGGGAUCGGUGACAACUUCUCUUGUGUGUUUAAAGUGUCCCUUGUCGAUUUUCGACAGAGACUUUCUUGUCGAUUUUGUUUACUUGUCGUUGAGAGGAUUGGAUGUGAUCUUAGGUAUGAACUGGUUAGAGUAUAACCAUGUCCAUAUUAAUUGUUAUGACAAGUCGGUGAGGUUCUCUACUCCUGAAGAAGAAGGUGUUGAAUUGUUGUCUGCUAGACAGUUGCGCCUGUUAAUGAAAGAAGAAGUGCAAGUGUUCGCGUUGGUGGCAUCGUUGUCUAUUGAGAAUCAAGCUAUAAUAGUUGAGUUGCAAGUGGUGCAAGAAUUUCCUGAAGUUUUCCCUGAUGAAAUUCCUGAUGUACCGCCAGAGAGAGAAGUUAAAUUUUCUAUUGACCUUGUACCUAGUACUAAACCUGUGUCUAUGGCACCGUACAGGAUGUCCGCAUCAGAAUUGUCGGAAUUGAAGAAGAAACUGGAGGAACUACUUGAGAAGAAUUUCUUCAGACCAAGUGUGUCAUCGUGGGGGGCUCCAGUAAUGUUAGUCAAGAAGAAAGAUGGAAAAAAAGCUAUUGUUGUGGUCAAUGCUUUAAACCAAAAGACUUUGCAUAUGUUGGCAAUGAUGUAUAAGGAAUUGGAAUUGAUUGAGCAAUUCAGAGACAUGAGUUUGGUCUGUGUGUUGACACCUGUUAAUGCUUUUAUUGGCUGA